GGCAACCUUGACUCCUCGUGCUUUCAUAGAGGUGGGUUGGCUUCUCCUCCCCCUCACUAGUCCUCGGUUCCGGUUCCGGUUCGUUAGGGUUUAGUGGGAGGAAUGGCGGAAGUUGAGUACCGUUGCUUCGUGGGCGGCCUCGCCUGGGCUACCGACGACCGUGGUCUCCAGGAUGCCUUCUCCUCCUUCGGCGAGAUCAUCGACUCCAAGAUCAUCAACGACAGGGAGACUGGCCGUUCCCGCGGGUUCGGCUUCGUCACCUUCGCCAGCGAGCAGUCGAUGCGCGACGCCAUCGAGGGCAUGAACGGCAAGGACCUGGAUGGCCGCAACAUCACCGUCAACGAAGCGCAGUCCCGUGGUGGCGGCGGCGGUCGUGGCGGAGGAGGCGGCGGCGGCUACGGCGGGCGACGUGAGGGCGGCGGCGGCGGCUACGGCGGCGGCGGCGGCGGCUACGGUGGUGGCGGCGGUGGCGGCUAUGGCCAGCGUCAAGGUGGCGGCGGCUAUGGUGGCGGCGGCGGCUACGGUGGUGGCGGCGGCGGCUACGGUGGCAGCCGUGGAGGCUCCGGCGGCGGCAACUGGAGGGAGUGAAUGGUGGGGCCCCUCGUGGCCAGUUAUCCUUGUUACCUUUUAUCUGUGAUGUUAUCGCUCCCGAGUAUCCUAGAUCUCGCUCCAUCGCGUAGGGUUUGAGAUGUUUAAGGGUUACCAUUAGGUGUUUGUCCGUGAUGCUACCUGUCGUGUGUUCCUGUUCUGUUCCGUUCGCUAUCCCUAUGAAUGAAUGAAAAAAGAAUGAGCAAAGUUUUGUUCGCA